CGCCUUUUUCCACCCUCGCGCUUGCCUCCAGCAACAGCACCGCACAGGUCAUCGCUCCUCCUUGCUCGUCCUUGCUCAUCCCACCACGUGCCCGGGUCGCCGGUAUCACCACCACCACCUUCACAAUUUCCCUAUCGUUGAUUGCUCCGCACUACGCACAGGGCCUCUCUCCCCAAGUCCACCCGUCCUUAAAUGCUGCCCUGGCUCCGUCAAGUCCAGAGCCCGCUUUGUCGUAUGCUUGCGCCGCCGUAUCACAACCUCCCCUCCCUCGACUCUGGCGCCCUUCUCUAAUAUUAGUCCACCCACCCAUUCUUUCCCACCCCCUCUCGCCUUUUAGCACAUCGCUCCCUUCUCGCCCGAACCGUUGCCUGCCCGCUGGUCAACACGCCUAUCCAAAGCUGCCCUGGUCGCCGCCGUUGCCAUUCGCCCGUCUCUGGUCGCCCCAAGCUCACGCCGUCUCACCACCGAACCCACGGCCUCAAAACUAAUCGCAUGCCGGAACAACUUCGCUAUUUAUUUUUGUCCGCCCCAACUUCGACAUCUUCGCCAUCAUGGACGGCUUCGAUACGAUGACCAUGUCCUACAUGGCCGCACCGCCAAUGUCGCUGUCUAAUGUGCCGUCCACCGAUGCCAUGUCUAUGCCGCUGUUGCCGCUGAAUGACCUCGACCAUGCUUCGAAUUUCGAUGCAGACACCUUCAUCGGAAGCGAGGAUGCCACCCACUACGGCUCGCACUCGAUACACGGUCAAGCCUCGUCCCUCAAGCGCUAUCCGAGCCAGUACGACGAUCCGUUCUCGGAUGCCAUCAGCAACUACGACAGCCACACGGGCCUGCAGCAAGAUCAGAGUGGAGGCGAUAACCCGUCUAUCGACAGAGACCAUAAGCUUCUCAGUUUCUCCAUGCCGAACAUGAACUACACAGUGCUCGACUACGCGUUCCGUCCAAUGUCGGUGUCGUUGACGGCACAGCUACACGGCAUGUUCUUUUUGGCCGAGUCGCCGUGGGCCACCCCCGGGGAAACCGCACCUCCGACCGAGCUCACCUGCUACCGGCGCAAUCUUUUUCAGGUCACUGGGAAUCUAAUGCUUCCUCGUGGACUGCGCUACGUUUUGACCGAACAGGGAGAGCAGUUGCCCAUCAUCUCUCAGGAACUGACUAUUUCUGCAACUGAGUCGGUGGAAGGAAAUGCCGUGAAGAUCAUAUCCGUCCCGUGGAAAACCCCAGCCAGCAGUGCCCCGGUGGUGGAGGACAAGACCGAAAAAGAGCCGACGUCCAUCCCGCUGGAUUUGAUGUCGUCGCAGGAUGUCGAGACUGAAUUUGUCAACUUCCCCAUCGCCUGGAAGCGCCUGCAGUUUAGGGUGGCAACUGCAAACAAUGGACGGCGGAAGGAGCUGCAGCAGCACUUCAUUGUACACCUCAAGGUCAUGGCAACACUUGCCAAUGGUGCCAAGGUCUCCAUUUGUGAAGUGCGAUCAGGGGCUGUUAUCGUUAGAGGUCGCAGCCCAAGGAAUUUUCAGUCGAGGAAAGACAUGCCAAUCAGUAGCGGAACCACCUCUCGGAAACAUAACAUGCCCAUGCCUCCCACACGAACCUCUACAACCGAAAGCGCACACCCCCCCAAGCAAGAGACAAGAACCGCCCCCCCACAAACCAUCGAUGUCCCCCAGGUUCCGUUCAGCUACGAACCCGCAGACAUACAAGUUUCCCCCGAUUUUUUUGAGUGGAAGAUACCAAACGGCCACAUGGGAGCAAUGACGGCCAUGCCUGCUGAACCAGCCUCAUUUCCAGCUCAACACCCUUCCAACGCUUACGCACAAUCAAGUCCUGAUCUCGCCAGGCCGUCAAACAAGCGCUCCGCACCGGCGCCACUAGCUCUUUCUCUCGUCGACGAUGAACCUCGAAAGACCAGUCCGCCUUGUGACUAUGCGAGGAAGAUGCCACGGCUUGGAACCAAGACCACGCGGGCGCCUUCAUUUUCUCUCAACUUGAUGAGCAGUCCAGACGAAAGUGCUGAUCUGCUGUACGAAUACUUCCCCCUCGGCAUGGAGGACUGGAUGCCACCCGUCGAUGCGGUAUACAGACCUCACGUUGUACACCACACAAAUCUACCGUCGGAUCCGAAAGCGCUGGCGGUCAAGAAUCGCUCGAAACGUUACUUCUCGGAAGAUCAACCGUGAGACUCACUGUUUCUCUAUCCCAUCCUUGUGCUUGCGCUCAACUUGGUCCAGACACACGCCUGCGACACUGUUCGCUUAGUUUGAACGACCAUGAGUGGAUUCCUUGGUUUGACGAGGGAUCCAUCAAUUCAUCAUCCCUUCCAUCUCGUACUCCGUAUGCCAUUCUGCCUAUCCGUAAGGCCAACCUGCACUGUUACAGAUGCUACUUGCGGGUGAACUUGCGUAAGCGUUGUUACUCAAACGGUCUUUGCGUGACGGGCCUCAUACGAGCCGUUUUUGACGAAACACCGGCUGGAGAUACAGAGCGUUAGUUUGGCUGGGCAAUCCUUGCAAAGGAAAAGAACACACGUAAAGAAUUUUUGAACAUGAAGAUCCACUUGCGGCGGAACGGUCCGUUACGGCCAACGAAGACUUCGAGGAUUCAAAAGAUGCGCAAAAUAGCAGUGCGGGUUGAUUUUUUUUCUUUGUUUUUCAGGAAGAGGGGAAAAUGAUUGAUGACGGCAGAGUGUUUCUGCACUUACGAUAUCACGCCAGUUUGGCUGGUCACACGCAUUGACGCCAUGGAUAUGGCUGCAGUUCACGAACGAUGGUCAGGUCUACAGUCAGUGUUUUCUUUUGGACGGUCAUAUACCCCAUGAAUGGAGGCAUGCAUACGGCUCUGCUCGCUGAGAGAUAGUUUUCGCUACUCUAAACUUUUGUUCUGAAUGGCAACGACUCACUCAUCACGGCCGAUUUACAGCAAAUGUCAAAUCUUCCGUUAUUGACAGACAAUAUCAUGGCUAUAGUAAGAAGGGCAGCGCCUUGGGCCACCACUUUGCUUACUCAGGCGUUGACCCGCAUAUUUGUGCUUCGCCUAACUGCUAAUUCCGUCUUAUGUUCCUAGCAGAGGGAGGGGAGGGGGCAGUGCGGU